AUAUAUCAACGUUAUCAUAAUAAACUAUCAAGUUAAUGAUUUUUAUCCACAAAUCACCUACCUUAAAAUUUAAGGCAGCAGUGUCACAUGUUCUAUUUUAGUAUUUUCCAAACAACUUACAAUAGACAUUACGUUAAGCCUCUCCUUCUUCUCCUCUCUCUAUAUAAGUAAGAUCACAAGAACAAGAAAAACUGGAAACAAACUAUAGUAAAUUCACAUGGCUUCUAAUAACCAACAUUCCAACGGAAAUGACAAUGAUGCCCUCGGGUUUGUCACACAAGUAACAGGUUCAAUUGUUCUUCCGUUGGCUUUACGAACAACCAUUGAUCUUGGUGUCUUUGAAAUCCUAGCCAAAGCUGGGAAUGGUGCGGAACUAUCUGCUGAAGACAUUGCAAUUAAGAUUGGAACCAAAAAUCCAGAAGGGCCAACGAUGUUGGACCGUGUUCUUUGCUUCUUGUCAAGUCAUUCUAUUCUAAAUGCAUCUGUUCCUCAACAUCCUCAAAGUUUACAAAGAUUCUAUAGUCUCGCCAACCGGUCCAGGUUUUUCGUCCCCGAUUCCGAUGGCGUCUCGUUGGGACCAACAUUAGCAUUGCUUCUCGACAACGUCUUCUACCAAAGCUGGACGGAGUUGAAAGGAGCGAUUAUGGAAGGAGGUGUACCGUUUGAUAGGGUUCAUGGAAUGCAUGCAUUUGAGUAUCCACGUGUGGAUCCAAAGUUCAAUGAUGUUUUCAACAAAGCUAUGGUUUGCUCAACUACUAUAAAUAUGAAGAUGGUUCUUAAUUGUUAUAAUGGUUUUGAGAAUAUAAAUAAGCUAGUUGAUGUUGGUGGAGGUCUUGGUAUUAAUCUCAAAUUAGUUACAUCAAAAUAUUCUCACAUUAAAGGAAUUAAUUUCGAUUUGCCUCAUGUAGUAGAACUUGCACCUUCCUACCCCGGUGUGGAACAUGUGGGAGGAGAUAUGUUCGAGAGUGUUCCUUCGGGAGAUGCAAUUUUUAUGAAGUGGAUACUUCAUGAUUGGAGUGACGAACAUUGUUUGAAGUUAUUGAAAAAUUGUUACAAAGCAAUUCCUGAAGAUGGGAAGGUUAUUGUGGUGGAAACAGUUCUUCCUAUAUUGCCAGAGACAAGUGCAAUGGCUAAGAAUGGUUACAUGGUGGAUCUUAUAAUGCUGACACAAAAUCCAGGAGGGAAAGAGAGAAAUGAGAAUGAAUUUAUGGAGUUAGCAAAAGGAUCUGGAUUUAGUGGUGUCAAACAUGUAUGUUCUGUGUCUGGAUUAGUGGUUAUGGAGUUCUAUAAAUAGAGAGGGUGUGAUCUCAACAAAUGUUUACAUGUUGCUUUUGUGUCUUGAAAUUUUAAGGUAUUAGAGAGGUGCAUGUAUAAUCUUAGUUUACUAGCAACAUAUUAAUGCUAGAAUAGUUUUGGAUUUAGAUAUUGAUUUGGUUCAACGCUUAUAUAAUCUCAU